AUGGCGGCCACGGUGAAUGCGAUUCGAAAUUUGGCGGCGCAGAUCCCGGAGAGCGAUGAGGAGGAGGAAGAACAAGGUCUGGAAGAGGAAGAGGAAGAGGUCUUGGAGGAACCGGGCGUGCCAGACGCAAAAACGGGCGCCGUCGAAACGGUGCCUGAAACAGCGGUGCAGGAGAAGAUGGUUACCUUCGAAGAGAAACAGGAGGAGCUAAUUGAGAAAGUGGUGGAGAUUGAGUGGUUGCUGCUGAAGUCCCGCAAGAUUCAAAAUUCACAAGCAAACUUCGCGCAAGAAAUGAAGGAGAGUUUGUGUCCGCUUCUCCCGCGUAUGAGGCCGAGAUGUGAUUUUGGACAUUUGAUGAACGAGGCGCCUGGACGGUGUCCCACUGCCGUGAGGUCUGAGGAUGCUUGCUGCAGUUGUGGGGUCAUCUUUGGCCAAAGUUCCAGAUCUCAAGCAUCGACGUCACCAUCUCCUAGCCUGACCUUACCCGGAACGCUCGGCGAUCCCAAGGCGGCGGCUGCGCCGGCAACACAUUGGGUUUGCCAAGAUUGUCUCUUCCAGAGUCAUGUGGCUUCCUGGAUGUGCUACGACUGUAGCCUCGAACAUCAGAAGACGGAGAUGGGACGUGUGGCGGCAUCUUUGGAAGCCAAGGCCGAACGUUCCCGUGAGGCGGAACUCCAAGCCAUUGUGGAUACCAUCGACCCCUCCAUCCGCGCGGAAGCGCAACGCCGUCUGCGACUGCGGCGGGGCAGCGAGCUGAUGGAGCAGGUCGUGGAAGCGCAACCGACCUCGAACUCGAAGAGACCGCAGUUCGUGCGGAAGGAGAAACCAAAACCGAAAAGAGCGCAGGUGGCUCGAAGGAAUUCACAACGUAUGUCGUUGAUUAUGAAGCCCUUGGACUUGGGGGAUAAAUUCUUGGCAGAGACAGUAGAGACAGAGACGAAGGACUCUCCCAAGGAGAGAUCCCCAGUGCAACUGGCCAAAGCGCCGUCGCCAGAGCUAGGAGAGGUGACCAAGACCACCAUUGAAGGUGUCGUGUUGGAACGAGCUCUUGGUAUCAAACCGGACAAGGAGAUCAUUUCCAGCUCCCAGCUUCGCAGUCGCCGCAACCAACUGGCUCUGGAGGCCUCUGAAAUCGCCAAGCGCUUGGCACAAAGAGAAAGUCGUGAGCUCCACUUCAUCGGCGCCAUGUUGACCGCGCUGCCGUUGCUUCCGCUGUGGGAUGUGGCCAUGGCCGGCCACGGGCUGCGAAGUCUGCUGCCGCUGUGCCGGGAGGUUCACCGCUCCUUGCUACACUGCUUGGAGACACGUGAAGAGAUGCAGCUAGAGGACUUUCAAUGUCACUUCGAUUUUGCCGAAGUCUUGGCUUCCAAAGCUCUCAAAUUGCGCAGGCUCUUCAUUGGACGCAAAGAAUUCGACCUCGAAAGCUUGGUGGAAAGUGUUUGCAUUUGUUUACCUGACCUCACUGCACCAGAAGCUCUGAUGUUGGCACCACUCUUGAGGUAUCGGAGUGAGAAAAUUGAACGCAUCAACUUUGGAAGAGGAGUGCAUUUGGAGUUGAAGUCCUUGAAGUCGUUGAAGUCGCUCCCGGCGGUCGGGAGCAGAGUCUUCUGCAGUGAUGACGUGGAUCUGCUGUUUCUGGCAGGGUACCUGCCGACUCGUCCGAGCGUUCCCUCCGCGUCCUUCCUCAGUCGCCUCCUGGGCCCGUGGCGUGGUCCGCGGGUCGUCGCGUCCGAAGCGACCUUGGAGGUGGCCAUUCCCCGCUACCAAAACCUGGAGACCGUGCCUCGCGUUGCAAAAGCAAUCAACGUGGCGCGACGCAGGUCAGGUGUGCGGCUUCAACUCUGUGACCCCUGGCAGGACAAGGCCUGCGAGCGGCACGAGCUUCUUCGAUCGGCCUUUUGUGUCUUCCUGGUGGUUUUCAUGAUUUUCGCCAUGCUGUUGCUGCGUAUUUGUGAGGAUGCGUUUGCCAAAUCGCAGGGAUAUCCAGGUGCAUUGAUGGCCACGCAUCCAUUGAAGGCCUUAAGCUUCAGAGAACGCAUCACCGCCUUGCAGUUGGAAUGA